AUGGAUGUAUUCCUGUCGGCUAGCGAGGACGGUACGGUUCGCCUGUACGACAUCCGGCAGGUGUGCGGUAGCCGUACCGUGGGAGUGGGUCCCGAUCCUCACUGCUUGCUGGCGGAGCAGCGGUGCGAGCGAGCUGGUCGCAGCCAUUUGGGUGUCAGCAUAAACUCCCUGGCCGUGUCGCCGCUGGCACCAAACCUGUUCGUUACCGGCGGCGGCGACCCCCUCGCGCGAUUGUACGACAUGCGCAUGCUGCGUGGCGGCGAUGGUGGACCUGGCCGGCUGCGGCGUCAGCGGCACGACGACAGCUCGGCUGUCCCUUGGGACCCCCCGGCAGUAGCUCCCGGCUCGGGCGCGUCAGAGGCCGCGUCUGCUCCACAGCCAGCGCCACAUGCGGCGGGGCCGCGGCUACAGCCGCAGUCGCGGUCACUGCUGCAGCCCACACAGACGCUAAGGAGCUUGCUGCUACAGCCGCCGACUCUGCGGCGGCGGCAGCAGGAGCCGCCAGUACGGCAGCAGCAGCAGCAGCGGGAGGAGGAAGUGGCUGUGCGGGUGUCGCAAUCCUCCGGAUCUUUCCGGGAGAGGACGUUGCUCAGUUUGCCGCUGCCGGGCGGCACCAUGACUGUGGCUGCAGGUGUUUCUACGGGAGCCACAGUACCCGCACACAACCAACAGCAGCAGCGGGAGGAGGAGGAGGAGGAGACGUGGCCCAACCAGCUGCGGGGGGCCGCAAGCGCUGCGGGAAGGGCUCCCGGCUCCGAAGGCAGUGAGGGCGGUGGAGGUGCUGGUUCCGGAGCGGAGAGGUCGCAAGCUGCGGCUCUCGGAGCCGGCUUAGGACCUCGGGGCCACAGCGGCGGCCCUACCCCGCACCCGCAGCAGCUCGCCUGGUACCGCUACACAAUGACGCCACCGCGCGGGGCGGAGAGGGAGGGGGAGGGGGCAUCCGGGCGCCUCGCAAGAGCACCGCCGACAUCGCCCUCGGCUGCCGCUAUCGCCGCCGCCGCCGCCGCCGCCGCCGGGGCAUCUGGACAAGUCAGGACGAUGGCGGGCGCUCAGAUGGCCCCUCGGCGGCGAUUCCCUGCUGGUUCCGGAGCGGAUUCAGCUGCUGCCGCGCCUGAUCUUGUGUACGCCGGGGACCUCGCGGUGGCGGCGGCGGCGGAGGCAGCGGUGGCGGGAGAGGAAGGGGAGGCGGCGGCGGGUGCUGGGUCAAGCGUGGAGGGUGGGGUGGGCGGCGUGGAGGGGGGAGGACUGCUCGGCAGCGAGCCGGCGGGGGCGGAGGCGGCUGCUGCGGCCCGCAGUACGACCACACAGUCGCGGCAGUCUGAGCCCACAGGCGAUCUAGGACCCUCCGGGUCCCAGCCGCCGCCGCCGCCGCCGCUGCCACCGCCACCGCCGUCACUCACUAUCCACACCGGUAAUGGCGGUGGCAGCGGCGGUGGCGGCGGCGGCGGCGGUGUUGAUGUAGACAUGGCGGACGUCGCGCCAAGGGAGGGCUCCGCCGCAGCGGCUCCGUCAUCGCAGCCGUACCAGGUGCCAGGUGGAGGAGGGCGGCCUGGACAAGCCGAUGAGCAAGGCAUUCAGCAGUAUGGGAGCAGCGGCGGCGGCGGCGGUGGCAGUAGUAGCAGUAGCGGCACUAUAAACGGUGGUGGUGAUGGCGGCAGUGGGGGGGCUGGGGAGGGCGAAAGGCAGCCCGUGAAGCGACGGAGGGUGCGGUCUGCGGGGCCCGUUGACGGGGCCGGCGGCGGCGGCGGCGCUGCCAGCCGCCAGCUGCACACUUUCCCUCGUCAGCCGCCCUCGCAGCACCCCGGUGCGCCGCCGCCGACAGACGAGGCGGAGGAGGGAGGUGGCGGGAAAGCUGCGGCGGCGGAGAAGGACAGCGGCAACGGCGGUGGCGGAGCUCCUUCCUCCUCCCCCGUCGCCGCCGCCGUCGCCGACCCCGCACACCCUGGCGCCGCCACAGCACCAGCAGCAGCCACAGCAGCGACGGCUGUAGCCGCAACAGCACGACUACCAAAUGGUAUCGGCGGGGAGGAGGGCGCCCGGACGCGGCGGUCGCGGCUGUCCUCAACCCGCUUCGCAGCGCAGUCCGAGCCCUGCCCGAUGUCGAUGUCCCCGGGUGGCGAUGUCGACUACCGGAAUGUCUUACCACUCACAAAACCCCCAACAUCGCCGCCAGCUGCAUCCGCCGCCGCCGCCGCUGCCGCCGCCGCCGCACCAGGCACGAGAGCUGGUGGGGAACUGGCGGCGGCGGCGGCGGCGGCGGAGGGGACUGCUGCGGCUUUACACCGAUCUGCGGAUCCGCCGCUGCCACUGCCACCGCCACCUCCGCCGCCACUGCAGCAGCAGCAACAGCAACAGGGCGCCGCCGCCGCCGAUUCCUUACCAUCGAUGGCCGUCGUACAAAGUGGUUCGGACGGCAGCCGGACAGCAACGGGAUCCCUUCGCCGCCACCUCCGCCACCACCAACAGCAGCGGGGGCAGCUGCGAGUGCAGAGGCAGUUCUGGACACGCUUUGCACAGACGGGCGGGGAGCGCCGGCAGCAGCAGCAGCAGCAGCCGCAGGGGGGUCGGAGCCGGGUGGGUUCGGGGGUUUGGGACUCCCUCAUCGAGUCCGUGGCGCAGCUGGAGGCGGCGGCGGCGGCUGUGGCGACGAGGGGCGGCGGCGGCCUAGGAGGUCGUGCGCACAGCGCUGCCCGGGGACGCGACCCGGCGGUUGGAAGUGGUGGCGGAGGUGGAGGUGGUGGGAGCGGGAGUAGUGGUGGUGGUGAUGCUGGUGAUGGUGGUUUUCUUCGCUGCUUCGACGGCCACAAGAACGUGAUGACACUGAAGGAGCGGCGGAGGGCUGAGGCGGCAGCGGAGGCGGAGGCAGUGGCGGCGGGCCGGAGCCGGCCGGUGGGCGCCGGAUGGGCGACAUUCGCGGCGGCCAUCCGGGAUCGCGCCGCGGACGUGUCUGCCGCCGCGGCCUCCGGGCCGCCGGGGGUUGCCGAUACUCGUACGGAGGUUGGCGGGAGGGGGGAGGGGGAGAGGGUACGGCACGCCAAUCCAGCCGCCGGCGCUGGCGUCGCUGAAGCGAAUGGGUUGCGCACCCCGGGGUCGUCGUACAACCCACGUACGACACCACCUCCCCGAGGUACGGCACUGGCGGGCGGGGGUGUGCACCUGCAGGUACCUCCGCAGGGCGGCCCGGCGGGCGGCGCCUCUCCGCCGACGGGGCAGGUCCUCCGUCUCAGUACGGCACUGGACCUUCCGCGCCGUCGCAGCGGCAGCCCCGAGGAGACAAUCCCGGCGUUUGGGCCGACACCGCCGCGGCGCGGCGGCGGCGGCGACGGCGGCGGCGGCCUUGGGGGUUUUGCCGGCUUUGGGGGCCUGGGUGGCGACGACGGCGACGACGGCGAUGCCGGUGGUGGUGACGGCGGAGGUGACGGCGGAGGCGCCGCGGCGGGUUCCAACUCGGCCGUACCACCCCCGCUGUGCGCUUUGAUGUAG